AUGGCUAGUACAUCAACAGAGGUCUUUCCAUUCAAGGACCAAGAACUCUCCACACAGCUCCUGUUUCAGCUGAACAUACUUAGACAGGAGCAGAUUUUUACUGAUGUGAUUUUGUGCACAGAAGACAAGGAGAUACCAUGUCACAGAAACGUCUUAGUUUCCAGCAGCCCGUAUUUUAGAGCCAUGUUCUGCAGCAACUUUCGGGAGAGCAGCCAAGCCAGAGUGGACCUAAAGGGGAUUGCAUCAGAAGUCAUCGAAUGUGUUGUGGAUUACAUUUAUACUGGUUCCAUCACCAUAACUAUGGAGCUUGUGCUGCCUCUAAUGCAGGCGGCCUCCAUGCUGCAGUAUGGGAGACUCUUUGAGGCUUGCUCGACUUUUCUGCAGGAGCAGCUUAAUCCAGAAAACUGCUUGAGCAUGAUCCGGCUCUCAGAGAUCCUUCAUUGCGAAACCCUUAAGGAGAGAGCCAAAGAAAUGGCCGUGCGCUGUUUCUCAGAUGUAGCUGCUUCUGAGGACUUCUGCGAACUUACCCUUCCCGAGCUAAUGUGCUACCUAGAGGACGACCGACUGUGCGCUGAGGAAGAGCAGGUUUUCGAGACAUUGCUUGCUUGGAUCCAUCAUGACCCCUUCUCCCGCAGAGGAGCCAUACAUGACCUCUUUAAGAAGGUCCGGUUGAGGUUCAUCCACCCAACGUACCUCUUCCAGUUUAUCGCCAAUGAUCCACUUGUCCAGUCAUCUACGCUCUGCACCGAGAUCAUCGAGUCUGUCCGACGUCUUAUGUUUUCUGUUAGUGCCAAAUGUACCAAAGAACUGAAGCCUCUAUGGACCACACCACGUCGUUAUACAUGCCGAGAGACUCUGGUUGUGGUUGGAGGUCGCAAAAACAACGAACAGACUUCUCGAGAGGCACUUCUCUAUGACGAACGAACUCAACGGUGGCAGUGGCUUGCUAAGCUACCUUUGAGACUUUACAAGGCGGCGUAUGUUUGUAUUCACAGCAUUCUGUAUGUGGUGGGAGGCCUCAGUCUUAGUUUGGUAUCUGGAGAUAGUGCAGUUAGUGCCACAGUGUAUACCCUCUCAUUGAAGACCAACCAAUGGAGGACUGCCGAACCAAUGCUGGAGCCACGGUAUGCCCAUCAGUGUGUCUCCUACCUUCACUUUAUCUUCGCUCUUGGUGGAAUCGGGCAAGAUAAGCAGAUAUCAAAUACAGUGGAGCGCUACAACAGCAUGUUCAAUCAAUGGGAGGUCAUGGCACCAAUGCCCACAGCAGUCUUACAUCCUGCGGUAGCAGCCAAUGAUCAGAGGAUUUACGUGUUUGGUGGCGAAGAUGCCUUGCAGAAUCCAGUGAGAUUAAUACAGGUUUAUCACAUUUCCCGCAACUUGUGGUCUAGACUGGAAACCAGGACGGUGAAGAAUGUUUGUGCACCUGCUGCUGUGAUAGAAGACAAGAUUUAUAUUGUUGGUGGAUACACAAGAAGAGUGAUCGCCUAUGACACCAAAGCAAACAAAUUUGUGAAGUGCACGAACAUGAAGGAGAGAAGGAUGCACCACGCAGCCACAGUCAUCAACAACAAACUCUACGUGACCGGAGGUCGUUUUCUCAACAGUCAUGAUGUUAUUGAGGACUCUGACUGUUUUGAGUGCUAUGACCCUAAAACCGACGUCUGGACUUCCAAAGGGUCUUUACCAUAUAAACUGUUUGAUCACGGUUCGCUACCGCUGAUCUGCGUCUCCAACCGCCCCAACCCACCAUGA